AUGCCUGAGAAGCUACACGACUCCGGCAGAUCAUAUCACUUGCAAUGUACCGGGGACGCUGCGGAGACCGCCCGAGCGCACUCCAGCAAGGAGGCCAUUACCUUGUUCGGCAGCUGCUUCUGUCCCUUUGUGCAGAGGGUUUGGAUAGCACUCGAGCACCUUGGUAUAGAUUACGAGGUAAACGAGGUGGACCCUUACAAGAAGCCCGCGGAGCUCCUCGAACUCUCGCCCAAGGGGUUGGUCCCCGCGCUCAGAUUGAACGCUCACAACCCGCCGAAGGCUCUCAACGAGAGUACCGUCAUCGUCGAUUUCCUCGAAGACAAUGUAAAGCGCUCCUCGCAUACCACGGAGAGCCUCUUUCCUCCGGCAUCGGACCCCUACGCACGAGCUCUGGUACGCCUGCAGGCCGACACAAUCGAGCGCACGCUGGUCCCCGCUUUCUAUCGAUACCUUCAGGCGCAGGAAGAAGACAAACAAAUCGAAGGCGCAAAGGGUUUUAUCGAGGCAAUAGAGGGCCUCGUCACUCUCUUCAAGAGGGCCGAAAACGAAGGUUACACUGAAUAUGGGUUGUGGAACGCCCGCGGAUCGCUGAGCUACGCAGAUGUCAUGGUCGCCCCGUGGAUACUCCGCGCUACCAAUGUUUUGAAGCACUACCGCGGGUUUGUCUGGCCGGAAAGCAAAGAAUUCCAGGGCUAUGUCGAGAGGCUUCUCGCCCAUCCUGCGGUGAAGCGAACCACUAGCACGGACCAACUGUAUUCGGACAGCUACGAAAGAUACGCCUUUAACCGCCCGAAUACGAGCCAAGUUGCGAACGCGAUCAACGCUGGGACAGCACUCCCCUAG